UAACAAUAACAGCUGCUAUUUAUUAAGCGCUUACUCUAUCCCGGGUGCUGUGAGUUACGACUGUUGCAUGCAUAUCUCCUUUAACACCUCCCUAUAAGACACAGCUAACGCCCCAUUUGACAGAUAACGAACUUGAAUCAUAGAGACCUAAAGCUGCUGGCCAAGGUUACUUUCCAGCUCCAGCCGGUCCUACUCAAAGCCUGUGCUUUAAUCACAAGCCCCCCUUUCCGGGUUUCUCUUUUCUCUGUGCCAAACGUGAAGUGUCCAUCCGGUUUGGACGGUUGAGCUGAUUUGGGACUCAGAGUGGGUCCAUAGGGAUGGGAGCCACGGUGACAGCGAGCUGUGCGGCCCUAGGGCAGGCGCCUCUUUGGGCAGAGAGAUGUCAUUUUCUCCUGAGAUUCUCCAGGGACCCAGCUGCCUCCUGACUCAGUGGUGUGGGGGAUCCUGCUUCUCCUUGGGGAAAGUCGGGGGCCCGAUUACUGCUUGGUGCCUAAGAGCUGGAGGACCACCCAGCUCAGGGGCCGCCCUUUCCACUUUAACAAGGCGGAUGACAGCCUGGACUGAGAGCAAAGGCUAGUGGGGAAGAGGCUGUGCCCCAAGGCCUCAGGAAGUUUUCCUUGAUCCCUUGGGUGUCUGACCAUUUGGGGGAGGGUCAGCAGCUGGAGUGGGAGGUGGGAUAGGGAGAGUCAGUGUCAGAGGCAGCCCUUGAUUUCCACCCAGGAUGAAUCCGACCUUAGCUUAACCCCAUGAGACAGCAGACAUUGGCUGAAGAAUUAAGAGGGCAAGGAGGAAGCAGCAGAUGUAGGCAGAGGGAAGCUGGGACUGCGGAAGGGAAGAGAAGGCCUUUGGCUGUCCCUGCAUCCAAAAGGAUGCCUUGAGGGAGCAGCAAGAAGAGAAGACUUAGGGUCCAAGGGAUGGGGGAUAAUGCAGAACCUCCCCCUUCCUCCACUCUUUUCCCCUCCCCCAGUCAGUGGGAGGCCGGCAGCCCAGGCACUGAACUCUACUUGCUUUAAUUACAGCCUCUAGCAAAAGGAAACCUCAAUUAGAGGAAAAGAUCUGUAGGAGGAGAGGGGAGUUGGGUCUGACUGGAGUGGCUGCUGUCCUCCUGGCCUUUUGCAAGUGGGAAAGAGGCUUUCACUUCCCCGUCUCCUAUCUUACUCCUCUAUUUUUUCCUCUAGCACCCACUGUCUGCCUCCUCCUACUCCUCCCAGACUUGAUCUGGGAUGUGCUGUGUGACCCUGGACAGGUGGAUGAUGCCAUGCUGAUGUUUGACAAAACCACCAACCGGCACAGAGGGUUCGGCUUUGUCACGUUUGAGAGUGAGGACAUCGUGGAGAAAGUGUGUGAAAUCCACUUCCAUGAAAUCAACAACAAAAUGGUGGAAUGUAAGAAAGCUCAGCCAAAAGAGGUGAUGUCACCAACGGGCUCGGCCCGGGGGAGGUCUCGAGUCAUGCCCUACGGGAUGGACGCCUUCAUGCUGGGCAUCGGCAUGCUGGGUUACCCUGGUUUCCAAGCCACGACCUAUGCCAGCCGGAGUUAUACAGGCCUUGCCCCUGGCUACACCUACCAGUUCCCCGAAUUCCGUGUAGAGCGGACCCCUCUCCCGAGCGCCCCAGUCCUCCCCGAGCUUACAGCCAUUCCCCUCACUGCUUACGGACCCAUGGCGGCGGCGGCAGCAGCAGCGGCUGUGGUUCGAGGGACAGGCUCUCACCCCUGGACGAUGGCUCCCCCUCCAGGUUCGACUCCCAGCCGCACAGGGGGCUUCCUGGGGACCACCAGCCCUGGCCCCAUGGCCGAGCUCUACGGGGCAGCCAAUCAGGACUCAGGGGUCAGCAGUUACAUCAGCGCUGCCAGCCCCGCCCCCAGCACUGGCUUCGGCCACAGUCUUGGGGUGAGUGGCUCCCAGAUCUGGAGGCCCCAGAAGUUGAAGGCGGGAGAGGCCUUGUCUGUCUGUUGGGGGAGGUGGAGAAGAGAGGCAAGAGAUAAUGGAUGGGAGACCCAGGAUCAGUGAGAGUUGUCAUUCACUCAUUCAGUGGGCAUUUAAUGAUUGCCCUCUGUAUGCCAGCCAUUGGGUGGGCUCUGGGAAUACUGUGCAAAUGAGGCUCAGCAUCUCUGCCUGCAUGGAGGCUAGAUUCUAGCUCAGGGGUGCCCUGCUUUUUACCAGGGUGCUGGUUAUCUGCAGAUUCUCAGGCCCUACCCUGGAGAAUCUACCCUAGUAGAUAGUAGGGGCGAUACAGGCAGGGCUAGAGAAGGUCUAUGCCUUACCUGAGGCUCCUGUGGAAGAGAGGAGGAGCCCCUGGGCUUUCUCAGCCACCCCCAGGAAUCUAGGAGUCAAAUGCUUUUC